AUGGGGACCCGCGGCGGGGGACUCUACGUGGGGCGGCGGGCGGCGGCCGUGGGGGCCGCGCUGCUGCUGGCGCUGCUGGCCUCGCUCCUGGCGCUCGCCGCUCUCUACGGGCGCUGCCGGCAGGAGGCGGCGCCGCCGCCGCCCUCCUCCGUUCGCCGCCUGCCCCGCCACCUCCUGCCGCUCCACUACGACUUGGAGCUGUGGCCGCGAGUGCGCCCGGGUCAGGCGGGGCCUUUCGCCUUCACCGGGCAGGUGAACAUCACGGUGCGCUGCCUCCAGGACACGGACACGGCGGUGCUGCACAGCGCCGGGCUGCGGAGCCGCGGGGCCGCCGCCGUGCGCGGGCCCCGGUCCGAGCCGGGCGCCGCCGUGGAGGUGGCGGGGCUGCGGCAGGAGGAGGCGGGCGAGGUGGCGGUGCUGGAGCUCCGCGGCCGGCUCCGCGCCGGGCACAGCUACGUGCUGCAGCUGGGCUUCCAGGGCCGGCUGGAGGAGGACCUCGACGGGCUCUUUCUCACCCGCUACACCGACCAGGGGCAGAACAGAAUGCUCAUUGCCUCCCAAAUGGAACCAACGUAUGCCAGGAGAGUUUACCCAUGUUUUGAUGAACCUGCCAUGAAGGCUACAUUUAAUAUCAAAAUUAUCCAUGACCCAAGCUAUGUGGCUCUUUCCAACAUGCCUGCUAUUGAUGUAUCUGAAGUGAAGGAUGAAAAUGGAAGCCUGUGGAGAGUUACCACAUUUAACACUUCACUGAAAAUGUCAACUUACUUGACUGCUUUUGUGAUUUGUGAUUUCGAUUAUGUCACCAGAACUGAGCGGGGAAAUGAGAUACGUAUUUGGGCCCGGAAGGAGGCAGUUAAAAAUGGGUAUGUUGACUAUGCUUUAAAUAUCACAGGCCCAAUAUUUUCAUUUCUGGAAGACAUACUUAAUGUCAGCUACCCUCUGCCAAAGACAGAUCUGGUCGCACUGCCUGAUUUUGGAGCAGGUGGUAUGGAAAACUGGGGGCUAAUGAUUUUCCAAGAAGCAUCGUUGAUGAACCUCCCAAGUGAUGAAUUCACAAGCAGGAAGGCAAUGAUUGCCUUAAUUGUGUCACAUGAACUAGGACACCAGUGGUUUGGAAAUCUGGUUACAAUGAACUGGUGGAAUGAUUUGUGGCUUAAUGAGGGCCUGGCAACUUAUUUUGAGUACCUGGGAGCUACCUUUGUUGAACCCAAGCUUUCCCUGGAUAAAAUCUUUUAUGCUCAUGUAGUACAACCUGUCUUAAGGGAAGACAGUGAAAUAGCUCGAUCACUGUCAGAGAGUGAAGACAAGAUCAAAGGAUCUUUUUCUUUAAUGUCUCUGUUUGACAACAUCACAUACAGCAAGGGGGCUUCUAUAACCUGGAUGCUUUCUGUUUUCCUGACUGAAAAGUUGUUCAUCAGAGCACUUAUUUCAUAUCUGAAAGAAUUUUCUUUCUCAAAUGCUAAUCAAGAUAAUCUGUGGACCCACAUCCAGAUGGUUGUAGAUGCACAGGAUGAAGUUCAGUUGCCUGCACCUGUAAAACAAAUAAUGGAUUCCUGGACAUGCCAAAAUGGGUUUCCAGUUUUAACAUUAAAUCUAACUACCGGAACAAUCAGACAGGAACAAUUUUUUAAUAAAAACAAUAGAAAGAGUACUGAUUCUUACAAUAACACCUGGAUUGUUCCUAUUUCUUGGAUGAGAAAUGGAUCAUCACAACCCUUAACCUGGCUAGAUAAAAGCAGCAAGAUGUUUCCUGAAAUGCAAGUACCAGAGUCAGAAUAUGACUGGAUCUUGCUAAAUGUAAAUUUAAGUGGAUACUACAGAGUGAACUAUGACCAAUUAAACUUGAAGAGAUUAGCACGGUUACUAGAAAAUGACCCAAAGGCUAUUCCCGCUGUCAGCAGGUUCCAGCUGAUAGAUGAUGUUUUUGCAUUGGCAAACUUUGGGUAUGUUCCAAUUGAAACAGCACUUGAACUAACUAAAUACCUUGCCAGAGAAGAUGAGCUCUUCAUAUGGAAUGUGGUAUUGUUAAACCUUAUUCCUGACAAUUUAGAAAGUACACUGAAGAACCAUGAAGUAUAUCCACUUUUAAAGAAAUACCUUUUAAAGAGAAUGUUGCCAAUAUACCAUUAUUAUGCAGGUUUUAUUCGUCAAAAUGUUGAUGCUUUGGAAGAUGACUAUUUUGCUCAAGUGUAUUUGGAAAAACUCUUGGCAACAGCGUGCUGGCUGGGCCUCCAAGACUGUUUGGACCUCUCAUCGGAACUGUAUGCUAAGUGGAGGGACAACCCUGAGUACAAAAUCCCCUUUUUAAUUAGAAGAACAAUCUGCUGUUAUGGUGUUGCAGUGGGAAGUGAUAAAGAAUGGAAUUUUGCGUGGGAAAUGUACAACCAUACCAACUCUGUUGAGGAAGAUGAAGACAUCCUGCUCUAUGCCAUGAGUUGUGCCAAAGAGUCAUGGUUACUUUACAGGUGACCUUGAAUAAAGUAUAUCUUUAUUGUAUGUAGAAGUAAAUUGCAAUACAAUAGUAAAUAAUAAGAACAAAAAUACUUUACUGUGCAAAGCUGGUAGAAGUUUGCAUGCCACAGAAGCAUGUGUCUUGUCAACCACUGGUAAUGUUUUAAAGAGUUUGGUUAGGGAGCAAGUAUGAAAAAUGAGAGACACAAAUAAACAAACCUU